AUGAUAUUGCUCAAGGUUCUCUACUCUUGGCUGGUGAUGGUUUAUAUAUUUGUGAGGUUCACGACAAGUGCACUAAAGAGUGGUACGGGAUCCUCAGACAGCCAGAAAAAGGGCAAAAAACUGGUGCUGAGUAGUUUGGCCCCAAAGGAGCAUCCAGCUGUCAAAUGGACAUGGAAGUGCCUGGUGAUGGAUUUAGUAACCUUGGCGAAAAUUAGUUUCACGAAGUUUGAGUUGUUUUCCUUUACCAUGAUGCACUGGCAUGUGACCGUGUUAGAGCAAGAUGUUUUUGUAAAAUGGUUUACUGUCAAAAAUGUGAUCGGGGAGCAGGCAUUGAGCCCUGUCUGGAUGUUGCUUAAUGCCUCAUCAGAAGAGCAAACUGCUAACAUAAAGAACAGCCUGCCACACUCACUCAUGACCAUUGAGUGGGAGGACACCUUUGCCAGCGUCUACUUGAAGGACAACCCGCAGUUGUUGUUCUCUAUAUGUCGCUUUGAGAUCCUCAUCUUGCCCAAGAUUAGGACGAUGGAUGGCAAGCAGUUCUUGUUGAAGACGCUGUAUGGAAUCUCACCAACGAACAGACUUGGUUUCCUCAUUCAUUCUGUCUAUGUAAUUCUUAAACCGUUCCUCAGGAAAGGCGCCCCCUAG